AUGUCAAGCACGAAGGACUACAGUGUGGGCUGGAUUUCGGCCAUCAAGCCUGAAUAUAUUGCCGCAGAAGUAUUUCUUGAUGAAACGCACGAUCGCCCUACCGAUUUAUCACCUGAUGACACCAACGAUUAUACUUAUGGCAGGAUUGGGAAGCAUAACGUGGUCAUCUCCGCUCUUCCUAAGGGAGUAUACGGCAUAUCUUCAGCUACUGGUGUGGCCAAGGAUAUGAUCCGUAGCUUCACCAAUAUUCGGAUUGCCCUUAUGGUUGGCAUCGGCGGCGGUGCACCAAGCUCAGAGCACGAUAUUCGGCUUGGUGAUAUAGUCGUUGGGGUUCCUGGUAAUAGUGAAGGUGGCGUGCUGCAGUAUGACUUCGGAAAAACAAUCCAAGGCGAAAGCUUCAAACCAACUGGUUUUCUCAGCCCGCCACCUAGAUCCCUACUUGGGGCAGCACAAGGACUCGACAAACAGUACACAAUCAAGGGCCAUAAGAUUGAAGAGGCGGUCAACGAAGUCCUUAAUAACUAUCCGCGGUUGAGAAGAGAGUUUGGGCGUCCGGAACUAGCGACAGAUCGACUUUAUAAGAGUGAUAUUGUCCAUCCGUCAGGGAGCAAGACACCUUGCCGUACUACUUGCGGCGAUGAUAAAUCCUCGUUAGUUAUCAGAGAUAAGCGUACCGAAUAUAACGAUAAUCCCAAGAUCCACUACGGUCUGAUCGCAUCCGCCAAUCAACUUAUGAAGGAUGCUAAGGUUAGGGACCGACUUGUCGAACAAAACGAUAUCCUAUGCUUUGAGAUGGAAGCAGCUGGAUUGGUCAAUUACUUCCCUUGUCUUGUGAUACGUGGUAUCUGCGACUACUCCGAUUCACACAAAAACAAAGGGUGGCAGGGCUAUGCGGCGAUGGUUGCUGCGGCCUAUGUGAAGGACCUACUGAAUCGGCUUGCCCCGGCUCAGGUCGCGCAGGAAACAAAGGUCACUCUGGUGCUGAAGGCUGGCAAUACCCAUUACAAUACGAAUAUCACAUUUGGGAGCUACAACUCAGGCUUCCAAGUUGGUCAGAACAACGGUACAAUCACGCAGGGAGCAGCCCCUCCGGGUUGGUGA